CUCCGCCAUUCUUCCCUCUAUCGAACUCCCAACAAACGUCUCCAAGAUAUCCACAGAGGGCGUUGGAGGACCUCACAGAAUAACAAUUCUCGGGGAAGUCUCAACUAAUUAGUUUACUACCUAUCGCUCGGCCCGGCCGAACUCCACUGGUUAACUCUAGGCCGAACUUCCCCCCGCCGUCCGCCGAAUUACUCGCGCGGCCUUUGACGUCUUUUUCUUCGCUCUCGCCUUUUCUCUCAUCUGGCUGCUUUUUGGAUUCUAUACCGUCGCUCGCUCGUUUUGAAUACCGAUACCCCCGCGCGAUAAAGACGGGGCUGUAUAUAUUAUCGUUGGAUUCUAUACAUAGAAAGACAAAGGAAAAGAAAAGCAGAUGAGUCAACCAUCCACAAGACUCUGUGCGCAAUGCGUACGAGCUACAUCUUCAAGAGCUGGAGGUGCGCUUGGUUCUGUGGCGCGAGGAUCUGGUCCAUUACAACACGUUAGGGAGUCGAGACGAUGCGUGCAUUACGCUGGGACGCAGCAGCUAAGACAAUCUGUGGGGUAUGGACCGUCGCUUGUCUUGGAUACGCGCAGCGCGUCGGGUUCCGGUUCUGCAGGAUUGGGGAAGCAGCGGAUUAUUACUCGCCAGUUCGCGACCGCGAGUGAGGGUGUCGCUGUUAAAGAGGAGGAUGUGGAGGAGCAAGAGGCGAGAAAACCGUCGUCUGAGGGUCCUAUCCCCGAGUAUAAUGCCAGGGUAAAGGCUGGGACAUUGAGGGAUGACCCCUUUCAGAGAGCGAUCAUUCAGCAUCUCCAAGACCUCCACGAAAUGCUGAGAGGAUACAAGCCUCCUAAAGUGGUGCAUCCGACUGUCGAAUCGUUGAGUCUGAAGCCGAAACAUUCCCUGUUCGGUUCGCUGUUCGGUCGUCGUAGCGCUCCCAGUGGUCCGACUAUCUCUCCCAACCUUCCCAAGGGUCUGUACAUGUACGGAGACGUGGGAUGCGGAAAGACGAUGCUGAUGGAUCUGUUUUACGAUACGUUACCAUCAAAUAUCACGUCGAAGACGAGAAUCCAUUUCCAUAAUUUCAUGCAGGAUGUGCACAAGCGGCUGCAUGUGGUUAAGAUGCGCUAUGGAACCGACUUUGACUCGUUGCCCAUGGUGGCUGCGGAUAUUGCGGAGCAGUCGAGCGUUCUGUGCUUUGAUGAGUUCCAAUGUACGGAUGUCGCAGACGCCAUGAUUCUGAGGAGACUAAUUGAAUUGCUCAUGUCUCACGGUGUGGUUAUCGUGACCACUUCCAAUAGACACCCGGAUGAGCUAUACAAGAAUGGCAUCCAGCGAGAAUCCUUCAUUCCCUGCAUCGAGCUCCUCAAGACCGAACUCACCGUGCUGAACCUCAACUCCGACACCGACUACCGUAAGAUCCCACGUCCCCCAUCCGGCGUCUACCACCACCCGCUGGACCUGGGUGCACUGCGACACGCCGACAAAUGGUUCGAAUAUCUUGGUGACCCUGUAAACGACCCUCCACACCCUGCCACCCACGAGGUCUGGGGACGUACAAUCGAAGUUCCGCUGGCAAGUGGAAGAGCAGCAAGAUUCACCUUCCAGCAGCUCCUUGGACGCGCGACCGGUGCUGCUGAUUAUAUUGAAUUGUGCCGACAUUACGACGCUUUCAUCGUGACCGACAUUCCAGCCAUGACUCUCAACCAGCGUGAUCUGGUUCGAAGAUUCAUCACUUUCGUAGACGCUGUCUACGAGAGCAGAGCCAAACUUGUCCUCACAGCCGAAGUCCCCAUCCAGAGACUUUUCCUCUCUGAUGCUGAUAUCAAAGACAGCCUCUCUAAAUCCGACUCCUCCGGAAAUGACGACCUCCCCGAAGAGAUGCGCGGCGCCCUGGGCAACCUCGGCGUUUCCGUAUCCGCUAUCAAAGACAACUUCAGCGGCGACGAGGAGGUAUUCGCCUUCGCCCGUUUGCUGUCCCGUCUCACGGAGAUGGGAAGCAAGCAGUGGGUGGAGCGCGGAUUGGGAAUUGGCAUGAAUGUCACGGAAGGAAAAGGUGAGAGAGAUGCGUAUCAGAAGACGAGGAGCAGGUGGAGUGAGGAUAGUAUGUAGAUAGCCUCCAUUCCCCCGAUUUUUCCUUUUUUUUUUGGUUUCGCGCCCCCGUUUUUUUGCCUAGAAUUUGUUUUUUGGAAGUACUUAGCGACUCUUGCAUGUGGUCGUCCUUCUCCGACCAGGAAAUGUGUACGAUGACUCAAGCCAGUUGGGGACAUGCUUCCUUACUUUGUUGGUGUAGUAUAUCCAUAUGUCAUGCUUUCGGAGAAGUUCGCUUAGACUUCUCUUGGAGGCUUCGCGUCCUAUUUUUGUUUCUACACUAUCUGCCCUCUUUUGAUUUUCUGCUCUGUCAAUAGAGUGAUACCUUUGGAUAUAGAAUCCCCUGCUGUUUUUUUUUGCAUUUCAAUCAGUCAUUGAUUGAUGAGAAUGGACUCUACAGCGUGGAAUAAAUGGCAUGUCGUGCAAGCACAUAUAUGGAUCUGCCUAUGUGUUGAAGUCAAAUUGUGCCUAUUAUUAGCAUUACCAAUUAUAUAUCUAUAAAAGCGAGGG